CCCAGUGUAUUUGUGCAAUGGAUAAAUAUGACACGUCUCAGCUUACAGAGUUCCCUCGUUUCGAGCCUGAGUCCACGCAAAGUGGGGUGUCCACGUUCUUCAAUAAACUGUGGAAAUUCCCAAUAUUUUCUCCCAAUGAUUCGUCAGAUAACUCGCAAAACAAAACGUUGGAAGAUAGACAAAACGCCCCUCAAUCCGACGAGCAGGGUAAACAGGAAUAUGACGACGUGAAGACUGAAACAGCAAGCUACGCGGUUGAGUUCGAAGGUCGUAGCUUGCCAAACGUUUUGAAAAGAAUUAGUAGCCUUGUAGCCCUGGGAUCUGGUAGUGGAACGCGUUACGCAGACACCGAGCUCGCGCGCUACUGGAUGCCGGACGACAUAUCGCGGGAGUGCUACGAAUGCGCUACGAGGUUCAGUGCUUUGCGGCGUCGGCACCACUGCAGAGUGUGUGGACAGAUAUUUUGCUCUCGUUGUUGUAGUCAACGUGUGCCAGGUCAAAUCUUUGGAUGUGCUGGUGGUCUCAGAGUGUGCAACUACUGCUGUAAUGUUGUGCUGAGCUAUUUAAAGGAGAAUGACCUCGCUGGUGAAAUGUCUACUGACCUCAGAACUCUGCAAGAAAACUUACAAAGCAAGUUUCCAGAGAACAAAUGCCAGCAAUCGAAAAGCCGGGACAACUUUGUGUUCGCCCGUGACCAAGAAGAACGCUGCGAGACGCGUACCUCACCCAAGGAAGCCUUACAGGAUAUCUUCAGGCAGCUGUCUUUCACGUUGCCAACUCAGCAACAUAGAUAUCGCUUGGUCCGAUACAACGGCGUCUGGCGAGGCUGCGAUAUACUGCAGUGGAUUAUGGACAACACUAGCCACAAAACUCGGUGA